GACUAGAUCAGAGAUGAGGCAGAGACUUAUUAGUUUCUCCCAGAUCAAAUCCCAUCAUUUUCUCUUCAAACUAAUCCCAGAAACUCCACACACUACUUGUAUUUGGUCUUCUUCUCAAGUCUCAUACCCUUUUUAAUAGCCUAGUCUACUGCACCGUUAAGACUUCAAACCUCUUCCCUUCUCUCUCUCUCUCUCUCUCUCUCUCUCUCUCUACACACACUUUCUCUCUCUAUAUUUACUUGCUUGAUCUAUAUGGCCAAAGGAAGUGGACUCUCCAUUGAUUCAGAUCGGAUCGGAUUGUUUCUGCACAAACCACCAAGUGUGAUCAAUUCAUUUUCUGACCACCACAACAACAACAAUAACCACCACCACCACCACCCCAAGUGGAAGCUCGAACCCAUGGAAACCACGGGCAACAGGUCAUCUCCGGCUUCCUCUAUCCAAUUUCCGGUAAACCUCAACUGCACCCACCAUCAGGACGUUCCGGAGCCGUCUGAUGUAAAACGGACGGUGAUGGAUGAGAUGGACUUCUUCGCUGAUAAGAAACCUGAUCGUGAUGACUCCAAGGGAGCCACCACCACCACCGACGCCGAUAAAAAAGAAUUUAAUGAACCGACAGAAAUGGAUUUCAACGUUAACACUGGAUUGCACCUUCUCACUGCUAACACUAGUAGCGAUCAAUCAAUGGUGGACGAUGGCACAUCGGUGAAUUCUGAAGAUAAAAGAGCUAAAAAUGAGCUGGUGGUUCUUCAAGCCGAGCUGGGACGGGUGAAAACGGAGAAUGAUCGAUUAAGGGACAUGCUGAGUCAAGUCACCAGCAACUACAACACACUUCAGAUGCAUCUGAUGACUAUGAUGCAACAGCAAGAUCAUGAUAAGAAAGGUAGUGAUGGUCAUGCCACUAGAGAAGAUGAUGAUCAUCGAAUGGAAGAAACUAAACAAAAUGUUAAUAAGGGAGGAGUAGUUGUGCCAAGAAAGUUCAUGGAUCUUGGGCUAGCUGCUGUAGCUGAUACCGAUGAGCCUUCGCUUUCUUCGUCGGAAGGACGGAGCGUUGAGCAGUCGCCGGUAAUUCAUGCAGAGGCGGCAGUGGUGUCUAAGGGUGGUUUGUAUGAUAAUCAGAAGAAGGAAUAUGGUGGAAGAGAGGAUAGUCCAGAUAAUGGGUCACAAGGUUGGGGUCCUAACAAGGUUCCUAGAAUGAAUGCUCCCAAAGAUGGCGAUCAAGCAAAUGAGGCCACCAUGAGGAAAGCCCGAGUCACGGUUAGAGCCCGGUCGGAGGCACCCAUGAUCAGUGAUGGAUGCCAAUGGAGAAAGUACGGGCAAAAGAUGGCGAAAGGGAACCCAUGUCCUCGAGCCUAUUAUCGUUGCACCAUGGCCGCUGGUUGUCCAGUUCGAAAACAAGUGCAAAGAUGUGCAGAAGAUAGAACCAUCCUGAUUACCACAUAUGAAGGCAAUCACAACCACCCACUGCCUCCAGCCGCCAUGGCAAUGGCAUCAACAACAUCUUCCGCGGCGCAAAUGCUGCUCUCCGGUUCCAUGCCAAGCGCAGACGGCUUAAUGAACCCCAAUUUCCUAGCAAGAACCCUCCUCCCAGCUUGUUCAUCAAGCAUGGCCACAAUCUCAGCUUCAGCUCCAUUUCCCACUGUUACAUUAGACCUCACCCAAACUCCCAACCCAUUACAGUUCCAAAGGCCACCAAACCAAUUCAAUGUCCCCUUCCCAAACCCAUCUCAGAACUUCUCCGCCGCGACACCAUCAGCUCUACUACCUCAGAUUUUUGGUCAGGCUCUAUAUAACCAAUCGAAAUUCUCUCCCCUUCACAUGCCAGGCCAGGAUAAGGAGGCUGCAGCCCAAUUAGGCCAACAAUUGACAACGUCGUCGUCGCUGCCACCAUUGCACCAAACGACGCAGCAGAACUCGUUGGCUGACACCGUCACUGCCAUCACCGCCGAUCCAAGUUUUACUGCCGCUUUAGCUGCAGCCAUCACCUCUAUCAUCGGCGGAGGUGGUAAUCCGAAUAAUAGCACCAAUAUGAACACCACCACCAGCAACAACAAUAGCAAUGGCAACAAUAAAGUCAUGAGCAAUACAAAUUUUCCUGGAAAAUGAAUUUGGGUUUUUUUUUUUUUCUUUCAUAAUUUGGGUUUUUUUGUUCCUUUAACUUCUAUUAUGGGUUGGAAAGUGAGAUUAUUGUAUACAAAUAUUCUUUCAUGUUUGAAUAAUGUGAUGAUCCAAAUUGUCAGUCAACAUACGAGAAAUGGGUUUGGUACGGACAUGGAGAAUUGGAGUGAUGGUGUAAUUAUAGUAAUGUUUGGUUUUUUUGUCAA